AUGGGGCACCGGCGUCAUUGCAAUAGUCGAAGUUGCAGCUCGCGAGGAGCCGGCUCACUCUAUGGCGACUCCAAUAGCCUAGUUGGAAGGGGUGGCGGCAGUGGAUUUGGUAUCGGCGGAGAGAGAAUAGGCUACGGCCGAGAAGGCUGUGUCCGACUGGAUGACAACAAAGCAAUACUCCAUCCACGACGAGGAGCAACUCGAGGCGGUUUUAUGGACGAUUUCCUCGGUGAUGGAUUUGCUGGUCUUGGUGGUGGAAACAUGCCAACACCACCAAUGAUGCCCCAGAGCCCAUUCGGCCGCCACAGCCGCCCGCCUCAAAUCGAUCCCAGAAAGCCCUAUAUACCCGGUGGCUACAAAGGCGGUGGUCCGGACCCAUUACUCUAUCCUGAAUAUCUAGCCAAUUCUCCUCUUGACCCUUUAGUCACUCUCUAUACGAUGUCUGGUGCCCUCUCCCCCGGACCUCCGGGAUCUCCACUCAGCUCCUCAAGCCCCAUCAGCAGCUUCAAUCCCUAUAAAAUGGAUCGACCGAGAAUGCCUUACGGCCCGCAUGGUGGCCCUCCUAUGAACUAUCGACAGCCGUACGUCGAAGACUAUCAGAGUGAUACGUCCGAGGAGGAUAUGCUAAUCGAGGACGCGCUGAUGCAGAGAGAAGAGGCGUUAUUUGAAAUGCGUGAUGCGAUGAGGUUUGGGUCUCCGUAUGAUCCUUAUGGAGGGUAUGGGGGAUACGGGGAUCCAUAUGCACGAAUGAGAGGCGGAUACUAG